GCUGGCUACAGUACAAAAGCAACUGCCACCAACUGCCCGACCCCACUCGCAGCAUCCCAUUGCUAGCGCUAAGGACGAAUGGAGGCGGCGCUCCGUUCCCUUUUCGAGCACUUGGACAGAAACCGCGAUGGGAACUUGUGUGUCGACGAUCUUUCCAAAGCUGUUCGCGGCCUUCCACUCAUGACGGCGUGGCAAUUAAUUGCUGAAAUGGACAAAUUUGGCGAUGGAUAUGUGCCUUUAACAGAGUUCCUUGCGGGUAUGCCACAUUUGGUAGCGGAGGAACCUGCCACGAGCGACCCAUUUAGUUGGACGGGGAUCUGGAGGACUUUUAAAGGCCUCGGACAAGAUGUUGACGUUGUAUCCCCAUCCACUCCAUCCGUCAUGACGACGAAGCGGUCAGCAACUCCUCCGCAGCCUGCCCCAGUUGAAAAGAAAGCAAACAACGGCAGCGUGAAUUCAAAGUCACAGCCGUCGUCAAGGUCGCACCUUGGACCGGACGCUCACCAACCAUCUUUGCAAAACGUUGUUUUUCGACCGACCUCACAGGCUACCACGAUGGCUCCAAGUGUUCCUCAGGCUGAACCACUGCCAUCGUUUCAACCAAUUCGUCGACGAACAUCUUCAAAACUGGACGAGUUCUUGAAGCAAGUGCCGUCAAAUGCAGAGAAAAUUCGCCCAAUUGCACAGGAUUCAAUAGCGUCCGCCCGACCACUGGAUUCAUUGCCAAACACUGAGCAUCAUGGACAGUCCUCCAACGAGGAGCCGUUCGAGUCGCCCAAAACAAUGCCCCAAGAUGACCAUGCGCUCAGCGACACCACCGCUCCCGACAAUGUUGAGUUUGACCCUGGUAUGGAUCUCUUUGGUCAGCCAUCCGCGGCGAUUCGCGUUUCCGACGAGAGCUGGCCUCGCGCAGAAUCGACAUCGGCCAUGAUCGUUCAGUCGCACGGCAUUCCAUCGGAGGAUUCACAACCACCAGCGACGUCAUGCACCGAAUACUCCGUCCCUGCGUACGCCGACGGCGCGGCCACCAAAGUCGUCGAGUGCAGGACGUCCGGGAAUUUCAAGAGCGACAUGGUCACGACCGACGUGUUCAUCGAGUCAGGCGACGACAUCCACACGAUAAAGCACGAAAUUGCCCAAUGUGUCGACGCGAUAAAGCGGUCGUGUGCCAUGUACUCCGCCACGGAUGCCGCCAACGCCCGUGAGGUGCUGACCGCCUUGGCGAAAGCUAAAGCCAUGAUGGCGGUCCGGCCCAUUCCACAGUUCUUGGGGGCGGCGGUCAAAUCGUUUGACAAGUCGUCGCUGUCAACUGUGGCCGACAACGACAAAACGUACAACUUUGUGUCGAUCUACCACGUCGAGCAAGCGAUGAAGAUUCGAGCGUUCCGAAAGACGGUGCUGCUACAUGUGUAUCCCACCCUCCCGGACAACCCCAAACAAGUUCUAGCCGAUUUGUUUCCCGAUAUCGUGGCCGACACCAUCGACCAAAUGUUCGAGGCGUGCGCGAACGACCUGAACAGUUGCUUCGAAGUGCUCUCGGGGCUAUCAGACUAUUCGACGUUGGAAUCGUCGCUGUCGCCAAAAGCCCCGUACCUCCGACGCAUAGCAAGCACAAAACAAUCGAUUGCUGGGCAAAACGACUUGAACGACGACGACUUGAAUGCACCGAUAUUCGACGUCAAGGGCUACAAGAAGCCGCGGAAACCAGACAAAGCGUUGGUCUCCGUAGUGUCUGAUGGUGGUGCCACAUCGUUGGAUGGCAAGUACCUUUCGAUUCCGCAGACGCUAGAUGAAGAGAGUUUUGUCGACGCGUGGCCACAAAUGCCCCCGACCCUUGCCAUCGACGCGUUCUCGCAGUUUGAAUCGGCUCAAAACAUGCCGGAAAUCCUCGGUGCAUGGAAGACAUUCAACGUAAACCGGUCAACCGUUCGCCCCAAUUUGGUUUAUUCGCAUUUGAAGCGCCAUCUGCAACCGGUGCUCUCGUUCCGCCAACUGCGCGUCUUUGAAAUCCUGGACCGGAAGCGAAGCGAGAGCCGAUUGUAUGCCGAAGCGGCGGCAAGGUCUCGGCAAGUCGUGAUCGUCGGAGGCGGUCCGGUCGGCUUGCGGACUGCGAUCGAAGUCGCGCUUCUCGGUGGAGAAGCGAUUGUCGUGGAAAAGCGCUCGAAUUUCAACCGCGAACAGAUUUUGCACCUCUUUCCGUGGGUUGUCCACGACUUGACCAAGCUCGGGGCCAAGAUGUUUUACCCCCAGUUUUGCAUGUCGUCAUCCCACUUGCACAUUGGCACGCGGCAAUUGCAGUGUAUCUUGCUCAAGGUAGCACUCCUGUUGGGGGUCACGGUAUUUGACAACACGUCGUUUGAAUCGAUCGCCGCAACGAGCGAAGGAUACGUUGUUCACACAGUGCCGCCCCUUCCGCACGAGUGCGAGCAAGUGAGUGCCGUCGUUGGGGCGGGAGGCCACCGCGAUCCGCUCAGCCCGUUCAUGGGCAUCACGCGCAAGGCGUUUUCCCCAAGUCCAGCGGUCGGCGCCGUCGUGACCAUUCCCAACUUGCGCACCAAGUUGGAUCCAUGGCUCCGUUCACUUUGGUGACUCACUGGCUGUCGUAGAGCUGAGUCGGCGGUCGACGAGUUUUCAUGGGCAAAACAGUACAACCAGUCGCUGUUUGCCCAGCUCAAGGACGACCUGGGCGUAGACGUCGAAAACGUUGUGUACUACCGAGAGGAAGUGCAUUAUGUGGUCAUGACCCCGAAGCGAUCGAGUUUGGUGAAUGCGGGCAUUCUCGCAACGAAGGAACUGGACUCGGUCGACGUCGGCAGGCUGCACGACUAUGUGCGGAAAGUGCUCGCGUUUUUUCGCAUCUCGGCGCCCACGGACGGUCUCGACGCGCAGCUGUUUGACUUUAGCCAGACGCUUCGGGCCGAAAAGGCUGCGGUCGUGCUGCCCCAUCCUACGCACAAGUUAUUCGCGGCGCUAGUGGGCGACGCCUUGCUAGAGCCAUUUUGGCCCCAAGGACUUGGAAUCAACCGGGGAUUUCUCAGCGCUCUUGACGCAGCGUUUGCCAUCACGCAGCUCGACAAAAUCGAUGACAAGAAGCUCUUGACGGCCCACGACAAACACUACAAACUGGGCGCGGGGCUUCAACUCCAAGCCAACAUUCGAAACUACAACGUGGAGCCCAAGUCGCGUUACACCAGUCUCUAACGAAACAAUUCGAAUACGACAUGAUGAGUUGAA